AAUUACACAAACACACAGGAUCAGGUUCAUUUGGCCAGCUCCCGACUAUUAAUACAUUAUUUUAUAUGUUAGAAACCUCUUCUGCUGAUUAUAACAUUUUCAAAGAGUCUCACAACAAACCGUUACUUUCACCUCAAUCUAAAUCUGUGCGAUCCUUUCAGCAUUCCUUUCUCUCUGUCGUCAUGGUAGCAGCAGGACAGCUCUGCUAUAUAAAGUCCUCCUCUUCUGCAUCCUGAGCCACAGCGACAAAGGGUGUUUAAACCUCUGCUUUACUUGUAGAAGGACCGAAGAUCAAACCCUGAGCCAUCGGACUUGGUAGACUUUUUAACCUGCGUUUUUUUUCUUAUUUGCUCUUCUCUGGAAGAUGGAGAAUCUCUCAGCUAAAGCUGUUUUAUUUUUCUUUAUGACUGCACAGAGCUUUGCACCGACCUGGGCUCAGGUAUGUCCUCGGAGAUGCCACUGUCCAGAGGAGGUCCCUAUGUGCCUCCCAGGGGUGUCCCUGGUGCUGGAUGACUGCGCCUGCUGUCUAGUUUGUGCAGGUCAAAAGGGCCAAGCCUGCUCUGAGAUGAAACCCUGCGACACUCGUAAUGGACUACAGUGUGAUUACUCCGUAGAUGUUCACAAGAGGACUGGUAUCUGUACAGUCAGUGUGGGUAAUGUUUGUGUCCUGGAGGGUUUAGCCUAUCAGCAUGGCCAGAUAUUCUUCCCCAGCUGUAAAUACCAGUGUGUGUGCCAGAAUGGUCAGAUAGCCUGUAUCCCUCGCUGCAGCCUGGAUGUCAUGCUUCCUGGGCCUGACUGCCCAAUGCCACGAAAGGUCCAGGUGCCUGGAGAAUGCUGCGAGAAAUGGGUGUGUGAACCCCAGACUAAAAACAGCGCACUGGGUGGCUUUGCCAUGGCUGCCUACCGUCAAGAGGAAGUUCGCAGCUUUGACGGCUGGGACCCAAGGAUGAACUGCAUCGAACAAACCACAGAGUGGGGGGCCUGCUCUAAAACAUGUGGCAUGGGGGUGUCCACCAGGGUUACAAACAAGAAUGAUCGCUGUGAGAUGGUGAAACAGAGUCGGCUCUGUAAGAUCAGACCCUGUGAGGACCUGCAAGGGCAGGCCACUCAUGUUUCACUAACGAGAGGAAGCAUAUGCCAGAGAGUUGUAAGGAGUGAAAAAGCUGUUCAUCUUUCCCAUAAUAACUGCACCAGCAUCCUGUCCUACAAGCCUCGCUACUGCGGCUCUUGCACAGAUGGCCGCUGUUGCACCCCGCACAGGACCAAGACUUCUCUAGUGGAUUUGCAGUGUUCAGACGGUAAAACAAUUCGCAAGCCAGUCAUGGCGAUCCUGACCUGUGUCUGCCACACCCAUUGCCCCAGAGACAAUGCUUCGUGGGAGCCAUCACAGCUCCAACAUGGUGGCGUGAGAGUAUGAAGUGUCCAGAUUGCAGUUCCAGACUCAAAACUAUGUCAGACAUACCUUUUUAUCCAAAGUAUGUGCCGCAUGGAGUCCAGGUAAUUAGUAUAGAGUACAUAGAUUUAGGAUGCGCAUAA